AUCCUGAAGGAGCAUCUGGUAGAGAGCAGACGCACCUGAAGGGAUGAGCUCCGGCAUGGCUGGCGCCAACAAGGAGCAACCCGCUGGCACGAGGCGGAACAGGAUGAGCUUCUGCGAGGAUGGCCCCGCAGCGAGGCGUGCCUCCAGACCCACCUGCACCGACACCGAAGAGCGAGUUGCCGUCUGGGAUGCGGUGGCCGCCUACGUACAAGAGCACCUCCUGGUGCAGAAGGGGGUCUGGAUUCCCACCUUCGGAUCCUUUGACACCAUCUCCAGAGACAUCAGGACUGAGGACGGGACCGUGACUCUGCGGUGGCCCGUCUUUCACUUGUCUGGAAACCUCAUAGCCGUGCACCACCUCAAGCCCCGCAGGGAGUCCCUGCCAGCCCAUAGGAAGCUGGAGCCACUCAAGAGCAGCGAGGUGGCCGCAGCUGCCUCUGUGACCUGGCAGACAGCGCAGGCUUGCAUCCAAAGCACUGUGUCCCUGCUCUCUGGCUGCCUGAAGAAUGGGGAGAACUUGCCGUUUGUCUUCAAGGACAUUGGAGUGCUCCACAUCGAUGGACUGACCUUCCCAUGA